CACAAAAAAAUUUUACUGCACUCUGAAGAAAAUUUAGUUUUUUAACAAAUUUUAUUAGUUUUUCCUAUUUAAAAAUGAUGAAAACGUAAAAUAUACAAAGAAAUAAGAUGCUAGAAACAUAAUUAAAUAAAAUUAUGUAUAAUUGUGCUAUAAAUAAAGUGGACUGAUUAACUUUUUCCAAAGUUCAUACAUACACACACACACAAACGCAGAAAGUAAAGAAGAUAAUUAUAAAUAUAGAAGUGCAUCAAUUAGUUCCAGUAGACAAUUAGAAAAUUUUAUGUUUGUUUUAUAAAAAAAAACUUUAUAACUAAAUUUAUGUGACAAUGUUUACCAAUACGGAAUCGCAGAAAACUUCAUUUUUGGAACAGACAAAGGCAGCGCGUGAAGAAAGAGCUUUGGAAAAGCGCAGAGAAUGGGCAGCCAUAAAACUUCAAUCCUCCAUUAAAGGUUUCCUAGCACGUAGGCGUUAUCAAAAGCAAAUAAUCGAGGAUUUUGAUAGACUUAUAGCCAGUAGCAGUGGUAUGGAAACAGGUGUCGUGGAUGAUAAAAAGGAUUUAAUUCAUUUACAUGCGUCAUCUACGGUUUAUCCAGUUGUAAGGCGUUUCUUAACCAACUAUAAAUUAGACAAACAUUGCGAUGAAACACGCGAACGUUUUGAGCGUUUAUGUCGCUAUUUAAAUAAAUCUAUGGAAACGGAAGCUCCCAAGUUAUCAUAUGCCACCUUGUGUUUGCAAAAGGAUAAAAGUCUUCCUUGGAUAGCGCACAUUAAAACUCUGCUUAACUUUAAUCUAAGAUUAUUGGAAGACAUUAAACCGGAAAGUCAUACAGAUAGUAUAUCUUUGGCAUUAUAUCUUCAUACAUUAGUAGUUUUUACCUCACCGAAAUCAUGGGGCAUUAUGAGAAUAAAACAAUUUGAAAAAUUACAACCAGUAAUGCAGAAAAUUUGUUGCAACAUACAGGGCGAUCUAAUACAAAACAAUUUUUUCAAAGUAAUGAGAUCCAUACUUAUAAAAGGUACUUCCCGUGAAGAAUUGACUUUAAAGCCUGUAUCACUUAUAGCGGUGAUGACUUUAUGUACUAGACCUUUAUUAGAUGGUGAUUUUUCACGCAAUAUAAUGGCACAAUUUUUAAUAGAAAUACUAUCCGUACCAGCAUUAGUUUAUCAUUUGAGUAACACUGCCCCUCAGUGUAUAGAACAAAUGUCUUCAAUGUGGAUAUUGAAAAGAGCCUUAGGGAUUUCCGAAGAUAUGGAAUGGUUUAAUGACUUUGGUAAAAAUAUGCCCGGCACCAAAAGUUUGGCAUUAUUGGGCAAUAUUAUUAAUUUAUUUAAUAUAGAAAAUCUAAAUGAAGCCAAACUGUUGGCCUAUCCCUUAUUGACGAACACAGUAACUUUGUUAUUUGAAAAUAUACCCAGUAAUUCCACCUCCAAGGGAGUCUUUACCCAAUGGCAUGAGCUUUUAGGUUGGCAUACACCCUCCAAAGAUCCUGCACAAAAUCAAUGUGUUGCUUUGAUUAAAAAACAAUUUCACAUGCUGUGGGGCAUACGUUGUUUGCAAAUAUCCUUAGGUGAUUUUCUCAAAGAAGUCAAUGUGAAUUUUGAACGCAUAGAAUUUCAUCCACCUAGUCAAGCCUCCACUAGCAAUUUAUUGCGUCGUGCUUUAGAUCGCAGUUCAACUCGCACCAGUCUUAGUAAAAAUUCCAAAGUUAAUUGGCGUAAAUUAGAUGCACCGGAAGUUAUACAAGUGUCACGUAUAUGUGCCAUGUAUUAUGCCGCAUUAAAUACUUUAUCUCAAUUGAAAUUGGAAAUUUUAACGGGCAUUUGUUUUGUCGAUAAGGUUUUCUAUGAUCUCUGGCUGUUUAUUACGUCGUUGGGUCCCAAUUGUGCUUUAAAAGAGUUUUUGGAAUUGUUUAAAUGUGAAGAUUUUCAGCGUAAGCCUCAGACGUCUAUGUUAAUGUUGUUUUGUGAUAGUAUGACACAUUAUGUUACAGUUCUUGACGAACACGAAAUGUACACUGAACAGAAAUUGUUUCAAUUGAAUGAUUUUGUUAUGUUGACGUAUUUUUUAAAUAAUAUUUUGUAUAAAAUCAUUAAUGAGGAUAUAUUUGGCACCACAAAAAAUAUCACCCAAUCACCAGUUUUUAUAUCUCUGCAUACCUUAAUGUUGUGUCUAUAUAAAAGAGAUUGUCGUCGACGUUUUACUCCUACCAACCAUUGGCUAAUACACGAAGUGAAACCUUCAACAUUUAUAAACGACUUGGAAAAGGGUAAACGUCAUGCAGUUAUAUUGCUGCAAAAAAUGCCUCAUAUAAUACCGCAUGAAGAUCGUGUUAAAUUGUUUAGGAAAUUUGUACAAAAUGAAAAAGCGGUAUUGGGUUUGACAGAAUCAGCCUGUGCCUCUCCCAGAUCGGCAUUGAUUGUUAUACAUCGUGAAAGGAUUGUCGAGGAUGGCUAUAGACAAUUGGCGGCUCUUAAGCCACAUGCUCUUAAGGGUGUUAUACGCGUACGUUUUAUUAAUCAACAAGGUUUACAUGAGGCCGGCAUAGAUCAAGAUGGUGUUUUUAAAGAGUUUCUAGAGGAGACAAUUAAAAAAGUUUUUGAUCCCUCUUUAAAUCUUUUCAAAACAACCUCGGAUCAACGUUUAUAUCCCUCUCCCAUCUCUUAUGUUCAAGAUAAUCACCUACAAUUAUUCGAGUUUGUUGGUCGGAUGUUGGGUAAAGCUGUUUAUGAGGGCAUAGUGGUAGAUGUACCAUUUGCCUCUUUCUUCCUUUCCCAGCUAUUGGGACAAACUCAUCAGGUUUUAUAUUCCUGUAUGGAUGAACUGCCCUCUUUAGACGCUGAGCUAUAUAAAAGUUUGACCUUUAUUAAACACUAUGAACAAGAUGUGUCUGAUUUAAAUUUAACAUUUUCCGUCGACCAAGAUGUUAUGGGUAAAAUUGUUACGCAUGAAUUACAUACGGGUGGUAGAGUGCGUCCUGUAACCGAUCACAAUAAAUUGGUGUAUAUACAUUAUAUGGCUUAUUUCCAUAUGAAUACACAAAUUCGGGAACAGACUCAAGCUUUUAAUCGUGGUUUUCGUAGUAUAGUUAAUCCUGAAUGGUUAUCGCUGUUUUCGCCUCCCGAAUUGCAACGCUUAAUAUCGGGCGAUACGGUACCGUUGGAUUUGAAGGAUUUACGUAAACAUACUCAGUAUUAUGGAGGAUUUCAUGAUUCACAUCGCGUUGUUGGUUGGCUGUGGGAUAUUUUGGCUAAAGAUUUUACGGAAGAGGAGAGGAAACUGUUUUUGAAGGUUAGUAGUUCAAUUUAG